AUCAUCACACACCUUACAUAGAAGCUUCUUUCUACUUCACUAUAAAACAAAAUCCAACUCUCAUCACUCAAAAACUCAAACCAAAUCAUCAACUUAGAUUUACAACAAAUGGCGUCGAUGAUCAGUUCCUCUGAUCAAAGACUUUCAACAAGCAAGAGACGUUUGAAGCCAUUGAUGCUAAGAGAUUACUUACUCGAUGAUCUCAGUUCUUGUUCAUCCAAUGGUUUCAAAUCUUUCCCACGUCGUCAAGCUCCUUCUUCUUCAUCUUCCUCCUCAACCGUUCGUCGUCUUCUUGACGCCGAGAUCAAACGUUCAGGACUGAUCCAUCACCAUCAUCGUCGCAAACAAACCCGUCUCACUAGAAGAUCAAGCCGUACGACUUGUGGAACCGCGAUAAGUCACGCUGUUCAUAAAGCUUCAACAGCGUUUCUUAACGCGGUUAGACUUUUACCGUUCCCGUCUUCCAAGGGAGAUAAUAAUAGUAAUUGUAAUAAUAAUAAUAAUAAUAACAAACCAGUUGUUUUCUCUAGAAGCUUGUCUAAACGGCUUUUAAGCAAAAGCUUCUGGAGAAAACCCUUAGGUCAUUCUCGCCGUGUAGUAACCGGAGAUGGAGAUGGAGAGAUCCAAUGGUGGAGAUCAGUCGCGUUUGAAGAGAGUUUAUUAGAUCAACCGUUCGAUCUGAUCUCUCUGCAGCUCUCCACGGCCACAGUGGUCGAGGAACCAACAUUCACAAUCUCCUCAGCUGCGAACACCACCGUGGAGGAGUUUGUUUCAGGUGACUCAUCGAGUUCGGGAAGCGAGUUUUUCACAAACUCAUCAUCAGAGGACGUUGUACAAUCUUCUUCCUCAUCGUUCUCUACGUCGUCAAGCGGUGAAUCUGAGGAAGUAUCGAACGAAAACGAAGCCGUGGAAGACGGGAACGAGAGGGGAGAGAGCUUAAACCCACGUGACUGUGAUGAUUCAUCUGUCAACCGCAACAACAACAGCCUGUGUAACCGACAGGAAUGUGUGAAUGAAGAAAAAGAACAACUCAGUCCGGUAUCAAUCUUGGAAUGCCCUUUUAAAGACGACGAGGAUGACGAUGACGAUGAUAAUGAAGUUGAUGAGAUCACAGAACAAAAUGAUACAUAUGAGAAAAUUGCUAGAAAAAGCAGGAGAUUAAAUGGUUUGGUACGACUUGAGCCACUAGACUUGGAGAAACGUAUAGAGGAUUAUGUAGAGAGACAAGAAGAGUACUCAUUUCAUCCAUUGGAAACCGAAGAGGAUGAAUCAGAAGAACGCGCAAACCGCUUGUUUGCGCUUGUGAAGGAGAGAAUUGGCGAAACAAACGACUUACUAGCUUCUCAUGCCGCGGAUAAUCUACUGUUGGAUUAUCUUCAAGAAGAUGAUAUCGGGCCAAAAGAGGAGACAUUGAUGGUAAAGAAUGUAGAAGAUUGGGUUAUGGGGAGACAAGAAGAGAUGUUUGUGAGUUGGCAAGUGAAAGAGAAGAGAGAGGUAUAUGUGAAGGAAAUGAAAUGGGGUUGCAUUAGUGGAGAUGAGAAACAAAGUGUGGUUGAAGAUUUGGCUAGUGGUUUUUUCACUUCCUUGGUGGAUGAGUUCAUCUUCGACUUAGAUUCGUGAUGAAAUUAUAGUUUUUUUGGUUUUUGGGAGGGAGUUAAGAUUUUGUGGUUUUUUUAAAGAUUAGAUUCGUAUAAUGUACUAGAUUAUAUGGUAUUUCAAUAAAACUAUAUGUAGUUUUGCAUA